GGCGAGAGCCGGAUCCCCCAGCGGGCGGCCGCGGUGGUCUGGAAGAAAGAAAUCCGGCGGCGGGGAGAGAAUCCUGCCUGUAGGUAGCGGGAGGGGCUGGGUGCCCCGCCCCCCUCCGCCGGAUUUCGUCCAGAAGGAGCCGCCCGGCUCCCGCCCCCGACCGGCCCAGCCGCGUGGAGCAUCUGGGAACCGGGAGAAGGAGCCGACCUGCGGCGAUGGAGGCGGCCGGCACCUGGACGCUGCUGCUGGUGCUGCUGCUGCUCUUGGUGCUGACGCUGGCGCUGUCCCGGACCCCAGGCCACCUGCCCCCCGGGCCCACGCCGCUGCCGCUGCUGGGGAACCUCCUGCAGCUCCGGCCCGGGGCGCUGUACCCGGGGCUCCUGCGGCUGAGUAAGAAGUACGGACCGGUGUUCACCGUGUACCUGGGACCCUGGCGGCGCGUGGUGGUCCUGGUCGGGCACAAAGCUGUGCAGGAGGCCCUGGGAGGUCAGGCUGAGGAGUUCGGUGGGCGGGGAAUGUUGGCGACGCUGGAUGGGACCUUUGACAGCCAUGGUGUUUUCUUCGCCAAUGGACAACGGUGGAGACAGCUGCGGGGAUGCACGACUCUGGCCCUGCGGGAACUGGGCAUGGGGAAGCGAGAAGGCGGGGAGCUGAUCCAGGCGGAGGCCCAGUGUCUGGUGGAGGCCUUCCAGGGGACGGAAGGACGGCCAUUCGACCCCUCCCUGCUGCUGGCUCAGGCCACCUCCAACAUCAUCUGCUCCCUCACCUUCGGCCUCCGCUUCCCCUACGAGGAUGAGGAGUUCCAGGCUGUGGUCCGGGCAGCAGGUGGCACCGUGCUGGGGGUCAGCUCCCCGUGGGGCCAGACCUACGAGAUGUUCUCCCGGCUCCUGAAGCCCCUGCCGGGCCCCCACACACAGCUUCUCCGCCACUUGAACAUCCUGGCCACCUUCGCCGCCCGGCAGGUGCAGAGACACAGGGAGAGCCUGGACACCUCAGUCCCCCCUUGCGACAUCGUGGAUGCCUUCCUGCUAAAGAUGGAGGAGCAGGACCCAAGCACAGAGCUGACUGACAAGAACUUGCUGAUGACAGUCAUCUAUCUGCUGUUCGCCGGGACGGUCACAGUCAGCACCACGGUCCGCUAUACCCUCUUGCUUCUGCUGAAGUACCCUCAGGUCCAAGAGCGUGUGCGGGAGGAGCUGACCCGGGAGCUGGGGGCCGGCCGCGCACCGAGCCUGGGGGACCGAGGCCGCCUCCCCUACACCGACGCCGUUCUGCACGAGGCGCAGCGGCUACUGGCUCUGGUGCCCAUGGGAGUGCCCCGCGCCCUCACGAGGACCACCUGCUUCCGAGGGUACACCCUGCCCCAGGGCACUGAGGUCUUCCCCCUCCUCGGCUCUGUCCUGCAUGAUCCUGAGGUCUUCGAACAGCCAGAGGAAUUCAAUCCGGACCGAUUCCUAGAUGCGGAUGGACGGUUCCGGAAGCAGGAGGCAUUCUUGCCCUUCUCCUUAGGUAAGCGUGUCUGCCUCGGAGAGGGCCUGGCGCGGGCAGAGCUCUUCCUCCUCCUCACCGCCAUCCUUCAGGCCUUCUCCCUGGAGAGCCCCUGCCCGCUGGGGGCCCUGAGCCUCCAGCCAGCUGUCAGCGGCCUUUUCAACAUCCCCCCAGCUUUCCAGCUGCAAGUCCGGCCCCGCUAACCUCCCCCCACCGUGUGCACCCGAUGAAGGAGGGAGGGAGCCGUGGGAGGUGGGCGUGAACAUCGUCGUGUCUCCAGAGCCACAAGUCUACACCCCAGGCAGCCACAUUCACACACCUGUAGCUGUGCUAGAGUCAGUCACGCAAAUACUCGGCCUCCAUGUCCCCAGGGCCCCGCUCACUCAGCCCAGACAGCUGUUGAGACACGCAGCCACAUACCUCACGAGGCCACGAGGGCCACGAGGCAACUCUGCCCCACCGGCUUUCCGUAGACGUAGAUUCAGUUCGUCCGGAAUCACAGACACGGACCCAGAUAACACACCAUCUCAUAUACAACACAGCUUCCCUCGAAUCACAACCCACAUGUGGGAGUUGGCUCCUCCCUUCACGAGCCAUGGAAGCAGCCACUGUGUUCAGGGCCCACGAGCCCUCUUCACCCAUCCACCUGCCAAUUCUGGGAGCCUGGGUGCACAGGUGAACAUGCCCCUUUCUGGGUCAUGUCCCCGCACAUAGAGACUGUCCCCGUCUUCAGCCCCAAUGUGCCUUUUCUCAUGCAGCAAUGCCACAAUCCAGGCCAUUGCCGUCCACAUGCCCCCAACCACCAAACCACACAGCCAGCCUACACAUGGCACCGUCCCGUUCCCAAAUAUCUUCCCAGUGAGACACACCAUUCCUUGGCGGGGGGGGGGGGGGGG